AAGCACGCCAGGCAAGAAGAUAAUCCCAUUGACUUCAGUUCAUGCGUGGAUCCAGUGUCGCAUACCGAAAUGGAUCACCCCACUCCCCCAGCAGAAAACCAAUCUCUCGAAUCGACGUAUGAAGGGGAAGAACCAGAGGCUGUACCCGAGAUAUCAUGGAAUAUCAGUAAUCCAUCCCGAAGCUCCAAAGUAUCAGCAGAGACAAGAGCAAGAUGGGAGCUUCUACGAGCACUUGCUGGUGUCCAAAGGCCGGAGUCUGAAGCAAACUCAGUAAAAGACGACAGCAGCAACGCGGGAAGCAAGCGUAACAGUCUUGCAUUAAGCGAUAGAACUCAUUCCAGCAACGCCGUCUCUCCAUCCGGGGAACAUCAGCAUUUCGACCGACAUGAGAUCGAAAAGCACACCAGGGAUGCAGCGAAUAAGCGGCUUAGCCAACACAAUAGGGGAUUGAGACCGUUGUUUCUCCCUCAGAUGGUAGAAAAGGAACGAAAACAGCACGGGGGAGACGUAACAGAAGUUGGGCAAGAAAAUACCUCGAGCCAAAUAUCGGGCGCUGGCGAUGUCAGUGGGGAAGCACAGGAUUCACAAGAAACUACGAUCCCAGACGUAGCGCAGGGCGCGACAGAAGCUAGCGACAAUAUAAAUCCAUCCACAACCCCACUGGAGGAUUACGACCCGCCGAAGGCGAAUGCACUGGACUCGUCAGCGGCUGCAUCAGAUCCUACGCCAGCUGAUCCUGUGCCACUAGAAUCUGAGAUUUCUCAAGACGUUGUCUCACUACCACCACAAGAGAAUUUGCCAGAGCCAUCAACCCCUUCUUCAUCACAGGUCGCUACAGCUGAGAGUACCCAAGAGACAGGUCUCGAGGAUUCAGUGGCCGUAGACUUACAGGCUGAGAGUAUACCUCUACCGGCUUCUCCCUUAACAACACUAGAAGACCAAGAUGACUCGUUGGUCGUGGAAAAUGAAGACAAUUCGAAAAACCCUGCUGCAGAUGAAGCCGGUGAGAGCGACCUGAUAGAAGAAAAACCAUCGAACAUGUCCGAAAUUGGUGUUCUCGACGACGCCAGUGAGGUUAAAACCCUCCACGAAAACCAAUUAGCAACAUCGGAAAAUGCAGUACUAGCAAGCACUGAGGAAAGCGAAGACGUUGGGGACGCUGCUUUGAGUAACCAUAAUCCGGAAAUUGAAGUGAGCUCAGAAGCAGCAAAGGAAACCCAGGACCAAAUAACAGAUGGAUCGGAUGCUGUUAUUUCAUCGAAUGUGGAGGAUAGCCAAGACACACAGAACGAUGCAUCAAUAGCCCCCGAAGAUGACGCUCCAAUGAUCACCGAAGAAAGCGAAGGGGUUGAAGUUGAGAUUCCAUCCACCUCCAGCGAUGUCGUCUCUGACGAUGCCAAUGACGAAAAGAAUGAACGCGACAAAGAUCAAUCGGCAGCCGUUCCUCCUGCACCGAGCGUUCCAGAGCCCGUGGUUAUCCCAGUCAAUCAGAGAAAACCGGAAGAAAUACUCGCACUGCUUGCGCUAGGCGAUCCAGCGACCCUAGAGUAUAUCAAGACGGAAGAGGGAGUAGCAUGGCUAUUGAACAUGUUCCUCCACGGCUCCGUUGCUCUUGCAAAACUGUGGGCGGAAAACAACUUGUUGUCAGUGGAGAUGCGAGAGAUUCUUCUUCGAGGCCAUACAUGA